AUGGCACAAAGUGGUAAUGAAGCUUUCGUAACCCUUGCUACAAAUGAUACCUAUGUGGUAGGUAGCUUGGUGUUGGGAGAGUCCCUCCGAAGAGUUGGUACUCAGAAAAAACUAGUGGUAAUGAUAACCAAAGAGGUAUCAGAAGCUUUCAGAAACAACCUCCAAAAUGUGUUCGAUGAUGUCCAUGUUGUUGACCUGCUGUCCAGUGAAGAUUUCAAGAAUCUUCAACUCCUUGGCCGCCCAGAUUUGCAUGUAACUUUCACAAAGUUACAUUGUUGGAACUUGACACAGUAUUCAAAGUGUGUGUUCUUGGAUGCAGAUACUUUGGUUCUUCAAAAUGUAGAUGAAUUGUUUGAAAAGGAAGAAUUGUCAGCAGCACCUGAUCCUGGUUGGCCUGAUUGCUUCAACUCUGGAGUCUUUGUGUACACACCAAAUGUAGAAACUUAUAAAUCUUUGAUGAGGUUUGCAUCAACCCAAGGCACUUUUGAUGGUGGUGAUCAAGGCCUGUUGAAUCUUUAUUUCAAUGAAUGGCCAACAAAAGACAUAAAGAAACACUUGCCAUUCAUUUACAAUGUUGUGUCUCAGGCAUUUUAUAGUUAUCUACCAGCAUUCAGACAAUUCAAACAAAAUGUAAAGAUUGUGCACUUCAUUGGUGCCAUCAAACCAUGGCAACAUCCUUAUAGCUCUUCUACAAGAACUGUAACUCCUUUGCCUCAUUCUGGUCAUGAUGCUGAAUUCCUUCAACGUUGGUGGGACAUCUUCACCAGUAGUGUGCAACCAAAAUUUGAUCCAUCAGCACAUCUGGACUCUAUGCCGGAAGGACUUAUUGGCCAGUUGGCUUCACUAGGCUUUGAUCAUGACGGCAACAGGGCUGCUAUGGAUGACUUUCAGAAACUGCCUCCAUUACUUUUCCUCUCUCCCAUUCUUCCUUCUAAUCUGUGGCCAUUGGAUUUUCUCCCUGAUUUAGGGUUCAAAACUUUGGUCCAUUUCCUGAAAUAUUGA